AUGGCCAGAACAUGUGCAAAGCAGAACAUCAAUGCCCCAGCACCAGGUACCACCUCUUCUUGGGAAGUUGUAAAGAACCCUUUAGUUCCCAGUUCGUUUUCCCUGGUUAAGCUUGUGCUUAGGCGGCAACCGAAGGCUAAGUGCUGCCCAGAACCAUGCAAGUUUGAAGACACAAAUCUCUCGAAGAGAUUAAAGCCCAAGGACAAUUCGGCGAUGAAAGCCACCCAGCAGGUCAGGAUAAGAAACUCCAUCAGUUUCAAGAGCAGGCGGCCAGCAAGCCAGCUUCCAGGCUCACCUAGUCACAGGAGGCCUGCAGGAGGCAUCAGAGAGAGUAAAGAAAGUUCAAAGGAGAAAAAACUAACAGUCCGCCAAGAUCUCGAGGACAGAUAUGCUGAACAUGUGGCUGCCACCCAAGCACUACCCUGGGAUAGUGGGACAGCAGCUUGGAAGGGCCAAGUGUUGCUUCCUGAAACCCGAAAGAGACAGCAAUUGUCAGAGGACACCUUAUCCAUCCACGGCCUCCCCACAGAGGGUUACCGGGUUCUGUACCAAGCGGUGGUGGAGCCUAUGCUGUGGAAUCCUUCAGGAACCCCCAGGAAGUACAGCUUGCAGCUGGGCAAGGCCAUCAAACAGAAGCUCUGGGAGGCUCUGCGUGGUCAGGCUGCCACACCUGAAGGUGCUCAGAAGGAUGUGUUACCCGGCAGAAAGUGGCUGGGUGUCCAUGAGGAGCCUGUGCCCAAGAAAUAG